UAGGCCAGCGCUAUCGAUAACCGGUUUGUUACGCAAGCACCGAUCUGGUCUGAUUUCUUAGUUAAGUUCUUGUUUUAUCACCGCCCAAGUGUGGUUAGCCCCGUGUUGUUUAGAUAACUAUAUUUAAUCCAAAGAUGUCCGCCCGUCUGCUGCAGGCCACCCGCCAGCUGUGCGCCCAGGGAUCGCUACGAUCUUACAGCUCAAAGAUCGCCGAAGUGGUGGUGGUGUCCGCCGCCCGCACACCCAUCGGCAGCUUCCAGAGCCAGCUGGCGCCGCUGUCGGCGACGCAACUAGGCGCCAAGGCCAUUGAGGCGGCGAUUGAGCGGGCGGGAAUUGGAAAAUCCGAUGUCCAGGAGGUGAUCAUGGGCAAUGUGGUGUCCGCCGGCCUGGGACAGGCUCCGGCCCGCCAGGCGGCCAUCUUUGCCGGUCUGCCGACCAGUGUGUGCUGCACCACCGUGAACAAGGUGUGCUCGUCGGGCAUGAAGGCCGUGAUGCUGGGCGCCCAGUCGCUGAUGCUUGGCUAUGCCGACACCGUGGUCGCCGGCGGCAUGGAGUCCAUGUCGAAUGUGCCCUACUACAUGAAGCGCGGCGCCACGCCCUACGGCGGUGUCAAUCUCACCGACGGCAUCGUCUUUGAUGGCCUGUUCGACGUCUACAACAAGUUCCACAUGGGUAACUGUGCCGAGAACACAGCCAAGAAGCUUCAGAUCACGCGCCAACAGCAGGACGACUUCGCCGUGGAGUCGUACAAGCGUUCGGCGGCGGCGUGGGGCAACAAGGUCUUCCAGGACGAGAUUGUGCCCGUUAAGAUCCAGUUGAAGCGUAAGCCGGAAGUCACCAUUGCCGAGGAUGAGGAGUAUAAGAGGGUCAACUUUGACAAGUUUGGCCAGCUGGCUACCGUUUUCCAGCGCGAAAACGGGACUGUGACCGCCGGCAACGCCUCAACACUGAACGACGGAGGAGCAGCCGUCGUCCUGAUGACCGCCGAGGCAGCCCAGAAGGCGGGACUCAAGCCACUGGCUAGAAUUGUGGCCUUCCAGGAUGCGGAAACAGAUCCCAUUGACUUCCCUAUUGCCCCGGCCUUGGCUGUGCCCAAGCUACUGAAGCGUGCCGGUGUCCGCAAGGAGGAUGUGGCCAUGUGGGAAAUCAAUGAGGCCUUCUCCGUGGUGGUGCUGGCCAAUAUCAAGACCCUGGACGUGGAUCCCGCCAAAGUGAAUGUGCACGGCGGAGCUGUGUCCAUUGGCCAUCCUAUUGGCAUGUCUGGAGCGCGUUUGGUGGCCCAUCUGUCGCAUAGUCUGAAAAAGGGCGAGCUUGGAUGCGCCUCCAUUUGCAAUGGCGGCGGCGGUGCCUCCUCCAUUCUGCUGGAGAAGCUAUAGAUCCGGAGCUAAACUCUCUCUCAACCAGAAAUGCAUUUAUUAUCGUAGUCAUUGGACUCAUGGAAAGUUUUUUUUGUUUUUAAAUCUGUAGAUGUCUGUCUGUCUAUUUUCAGCAUUUAUUGAAAUCAUGUGAUUCGCAUAAUAAAAUUAUGAAACAGUGAAAAUUAAA